CUGAUCUUCAUUGACAUUGACCUGCUUGAUGGAAUCGACAGAGCGGCUCGUGCGUACAUGGAUGGCAUCUGGCCGGGACGAGGAGGUUGUAAUGACGGCGUCUGAGGUAUCCGAUGGUCGAACGUCCCUUUUGAACGUCGUGAAGGCCUUGGGAGAAUAUUUAACAGCUGAAGAAGACAGUCUUCGUACCAAGGGCGUCGAAUUCCUGUCUUUGGUACUAGACCGAUCUCCUCCAGAAAAGUUAAAUCGCCAAUCUGUACGAGUCCUUGCAACGUUCUACUGCACCAAACUCGAGGACACGGAGACAAUAAUACCCGCUCUGAAGGGCCUACUUUCCCUUUCUCGUCUCAUUAACUGCACGAGUGAAGACGUCCCGGCCAUUACCCGAGCUUUGUUCGUGCAUGUCAAAAUGAAAGUACUCGUUCAGUCAGUACGGCUUGUCGUGUAUUCUAUCAUCGAUAAUUUCAUGGCACGCCACAGAGAUGCUUUGAAGCAGAUGAACAAGGAAUUUUUGGCCGGUUAUGUCGCACUUGCAGAUGGUGAAAAGGAUCCAAGAAAUCUUUUGGUCGCUUUUGCAAUCGCACGGGUGAUUCUCGUCGAGUUCGAUAUAUCUGCUUUUGUUGAGGAUUUGUUCAACAUAACGUUCUGUUACUUCCCUAUCACGUUCCGACCGCCUCCAAAUGACCCUUACGGUAUCAGUGCCGAUGACCUCAAGCGCAAUCUUCGCCGCUGCUUGAGCGCAACGCCUGCGUUUGGUCCAAUGGCUAUACCUGUCUUCUUGGAAAAGCUCAUAGCCGGAUCACCCAUGACUAAGAGGGAUACAUUGCAGAGUAUGACAGAAUGCUUCCCUGUGUAUGGUGCUGGCUUGGCCAGAAGUUCUGCGCGCGAAAUUUGGAAUGCGCUUAAGCUGGAGAUAUUCCAACCGACCGAUACCAUCACAGCGGACAUGGCAUUAAACUGCACGCAAUCUUUAGUGAAGACCAUAUAUUUGGCAGACUCGAGGGCAGAAGAUGGCUCUGAGACAGAUAGCGAAGGAUUAGCUCAGGACGCAUGCGAGGAAUGUAUCAUGAUUCUUCGUGAACCUGAAAAGAGUCAGGCAAGGCCUGCGAUCAAGGUUCUUUGUGCUUUCAUGUCGACUACCCCGUCCGUUGCCCACUACACCAUUUCGAAGACAGCACCGCAUCUAGUUGCACUAUUCAUUACACUUGAAGAUACUGCCAGUCGAUUGUCUGAUCUAUUGUUACUGUCGGACCUGAUCGCUGCAGCGAGGGACUCCGUGUCCAAUCUUCAACAGUCGGAUGUUAUAGAGCCUCCGCUGUUGCCAUACAAAGAUGAUAUUCUUGGUAUCGUUAUCGUGGGUCUCCAAACCAACUCUCUUCGACGGCCUGCCUUGGCUUGUCUUUUGGGAAUGGUGUCUACCAAGUAUUUACUUACAGAUGAAGAACUCGGUUUCGUUGUACACAAGACCAACGAGGUUUUGCAGGGGGACACCGACGAAAAUGAUGAUGAAAGUGAUAUUCUGAAACUCUUGACAACUAUAACUACCAUAUCUCCCCACCAUGUGGUUGACCAAACACUGCCUCUUCUAUUCAACGACCUCCCUGACCAAGCACCUUCAAGGGCCGCAGUCACAGAUCGCAUAAAAUACCGGCGUAUCUUAUCGGCGCUGAGCAUUCUCUGCCAGCAACCAGAGCUUUUCGAAGUCUUUAUGAUACGACUGACUACGAGAGUCGAGCUUCUUUGUUCCGCCACGGAUAUUGAAGCUGACUCUGAACCUCGCGCUGCGUACGCCCAUGCCAUCCUCAGGUCUAUCGCCCAGACGUUGUCUUCCAAAGUCGACGAGAAGCACGUCGAUGUCCCUAAAUACAUUGACCGACUUGUACCAAGACUAUACAAACUUUUCAUUUAUUCAGCCCUAACCUCUGAUGGCGGUUAUGUGAUAGCCACAGAUCCUAGGCUGAUCCUCGUGGCUGGAGACAUUAUUAGUCUAGUAGCUCAAUGCCUAACGGUGGAGAGAUAUCAAACGUUUAUGGUUGCUUUAUUUUCUGCUUUUAUCUCCGGAAACGUCGCUAGUAUUUGUGAAGGACAACUGAAACUCCCUGCCGAUAUAGUGUUCCAUCCGUUCCAGGACUCUGCCUUAACAUCACUGAAGAACUUGAUACUUUUGUUUGCCGCUGCAAUUAUUGCAGCACCAAAAGAAGUUUCCAUACCGGUUUCUUCAUUGGACGGCUUUCUGAGCGACAUUUUGAAGUGGAGUCUCAUGACAGCGGACAACGACAUACAGAGGGAAGCUGCCUGGAAGAUUUUAACUUCUAUUCUCAAUAAGCAUACAGCAGAUGCCUCUGGAUUUCUCAGUCAGCAGCUUGAGAUUUUUGAAUCAAACAGACUGUCUGAUACGGCAUUGACUGUACCUCAGCGCCAGCAGGGUGUUGCGGCUUGGGUCUAUAUAUGCAAAGCGCUUCUGGUUCAAAGUCAUCCGUCAGCCCUUGAUUUUGCCGAUCGGCUGUUUGGCGUGUUUGGGGACGAGAGUAUUGGUUGGGAUGCAGCCAAGGCAAUCGGCCAAAUUGUUGAGCCUGGGGAUGUGUUGUCGAAAAGAAAUCGAUCCGUUAUCAAAAUACUACACGUGCAAAAAUUUGUUAGCAAGAUUCUGCCCCGUAUCAUUGCCGGAGCAAACGACACGAGCAAACCUAACGAACAAAUAUCUAAUCUUGUAGCCCUAGCAUCUCUCAUUAAAUCUAUAUCAAAACCAUUGUAUUCCCAGCAGAUGCCCAUAUUAAUACCUUUUCUAUUACGCGGCCUCGACCUCCCCGAUGAAAGUGUACAUGUGAAUGUCAUUGACACAUUCAUUGCCGCUGCAGAAGGAGAUACGCCUGAACAAAGCUUGGUCGCCGAACAUGUUCCAUCAUUGAUAUCCAAGAUGCUGAAGAACAGUGGGAUUCAAGAUACGCCUUCGACGAGAGUAAGAAUCGCAGCAGCCAGGUAUCUGGCCAUCCUGCCGCAGAUCGUCCGUUAUGAUAUUUUGCAUCCUUACAAGUCGCAAGUCGUCAAAGAGCUGGCGAAAGUUCUAGAUGACCCCAAGCGCGCUGUUAGAAAGGAAGCUGUCAAUGCACGAACGAAUUGGAUCAAAUGUGGCGGUUAACGCGAGGGGUAUCGAUUCCAUCUACCAGAUAAGUAUGAAGCCCUACAGCAUGGAUGAGAACCCAGCUGUAGUUAUGGAUCUAAAGCGUAAAGUGUGCUAUAUGUGAUGAGGUCGUACAGUAAAGCAGACUAGUAUAAAAAUGUAGGAAGAUGCGCCGUGAAAUAGACAGAGCAAUAAAGACAAAAAUUAAACAAC